AUGAUGGUCACUGCACGAACUCCCUGGGGCUGGUUCCUGGGGUACCUCAUCCUUGAGGUCACAGGAUCCUCCGCCUCAAGCAUCAGCAGCCGGAUCAUACAAGGCCAGGAUUGCCUCCCACACUCGCAACCCUGGCAGGCGGCACUGUUCUCAGAAGACAAUGCUUUUUUCUGCUCGGGCGUUCUGGUGCAUCCGCAGUGGGUGCUGUCAGCAGCACACUGCAUACAGGACUCCUACACCGUGGGACUGGGCCUGCACAACCUGGAAGGCUCCCAAGAGCCUGGCAGUCGGAUGUUAGAGGCCCACCUCUCCAUCCAGCACCCGAACUACAAUGACCCUUCUUUUGCCAACGACCUCAUGCUCAUCAAGCUGAACGAAUCAGUGAUGGAGUCUAACACCAUCAGGCGCAUUCCUGUGGCUUCCCAGUGCCCCACUCCUGGGGAUACCUGCCUAGUCUCUGGUUGGGGUCGACUAAAGAAUGGGAAACUGCCCAGCCUCCUGCAGUGUGUGAAUCUCUCGGUAGCAUCUGAGGAGACUUGCAGGCUGCUGUAUGACCCCGUGUACCACCUCAGCAUGUUCUGCGCCGGAGGAGGACCUGAUCGAAAGGACACGUGCAAUGGGGGACUCUGGGGUCCCAUAGUGUGCAACAGAUCCCUACAAGGGCUCGUGUCUAUGGGACAAGGAGAAUGCGGGCAGCCUGGCAUACCAAGUGUCUACACCAAUCUCUGCAAGUUCACUAACUGGAUCUGGACCACCAUUCAGACAAGAUAG